GUGAUUUCCAUAUCGUAGGAAAUCUUUCGAUUGUUUAAGUUUAAUACAUUAAUUCAUUAUUGAGAGUUGUGACUCUCCAUCCACACUCGACUGGACGGCGUGUCGCGUACUCGCAUUUAAACGACAAUCACUUUUCGUAUUCGUCACCCAAUUUGUUUGUUUUUAUUUCUAUCGAACUCGAUUUCAUCAAUUUACACGUCUUAGUUGUUAUUUUGUUAAUUUUUUUGUUUCUAAAUUCUUUCGAGUGCUUUCGGGUCUACAUUGUAAAUUAUUUUUUUUCCAUGGCGUUGGUCCAGAAGAAUCCACAGACCAAAAGCUUAUUAUAUUAAUUACGGACCUAACAAAACAAACAUUUAAUGUUGGAGUGAUUACACAAUUAUGAAUAUUGACGACAUGAUUGGCAACGAAAAAAUGCAUUCUUUUUGUUUACCUGUUGAAUCAUGCGUAGUUUGUGGAGAUCGAGCAUCAGGCCGUCAUUAUGGAGCAAUUAGUUGUGAAGGAUGUAAAGGUUUCUUCAAAAGAUCUAUUCGUAAGCAACUAGGCUAUCAAUGCCGAGGUACCAAAAUGUGUGAAGUAACAAAAAAUCACCGUAACCGUUGUCAAUAUUGCCGUCUUCAAAAAUGCCUGUCUAUGGGAAUGAGAAGUGAUUCUGUGCAACAUGAAAGAAAACCAGUUACAGAUAGAAUAGAAUCUAUUCAUAAUAUGUCAACUAGCCCGGACAAUAAUAACAUUCCAACAUUUUCGUAUGCAAAUAAUUCAUUUAUUAAAAAUGAAAUGCCAUUUAUCAAAAAUGAUAUUCAUUUCAUUAAAACAGAAAUACCAUAUGCUGGAAAUCGCUCCAUGUAUAAUGAUCAAACAGCAUUGAAUUUACUACAAACAUCAAAUGAAAAUGAUUCAUCUAUCAGAAAUCAGAAUUAUAUGGAUUAUUAUAUGGCUGAAGAUGAAGAAUCAUCAGUUAGCCAUUCUCCAAAUAAUGAACAGGAUAUUAAACCAUUUAAUCAAGACAACAAAAGCCUAUUAGUGCUUACAUUGGACUCUAUGACAAAUGCUACCCAACAAAAUUCUAAUGGUACUGAUUCAUACGAAGUUGAAGUGCAGAGUAACAUUGUUUUAGAUAUUUCUGAAGAUGUAAUGCCAACUGUCAAUGUUAACUUCCCAUUUCAAUCACCUAGUCCUAAAUAUGCAUACUUAAAUUUACAUUUUAUUUGUGAAAGUGCUUCAAGAUUAUUGUUUUUGUCUAUAAAUUGGGUUCAGAGUCUUCCAGUUUUUCAGCUUCUAACAUUUGAAGUACAGCUCAGUCUGCUAAAAAAUUCUUGGUCACAACUAUUUAUCUUGGGUUUAACUCAAUGUGCACAAGCAUUAUCAUUGAUACCAGUACUUAGUUCUAUGAUAACUCAUUUACAAAAUGGUGAAAUUCACAACUCGUCCAAUUCCAGUAAAGCUAAGGAGCUUAUUGACUACCUCAAUAGAAUACAAGAUUAUAUUACAGAAAUGGAAAAUAUUGAAGUGAAUGAAGUGGAAUAUGCAUAUUUAAAAUUGAUAUCUUUAUUUAAUACUGAUAAUCCUUCUGAAAGACAACAGUUAUACAAACUACAAGAAAAAGCUGUCAAAGAAUUGAAACAGCAUUUGAUUAAAGAAUGCAAUGAUGAACACCGUGUAGCAAUAUUAUUGUUACGACUUCCAACUCUACGAUCAUUACAACCUAAUAUCAUAGAAGAAAUAUUUUUUUCUAGUUUGUUAGGCAGUUUUCAAAUUGAUGCUGUUAUACCUCAAAUUUUAAAGUUAAAAUGUUCAAAUACAGAGUAUGAAGAUUUUGUUUCUAAAAACUUUGUAUCAUAGUUAUUAUGGUUAAUCAUAUUUAUGGUUUGAAAGAUGAAGACAACUUAUAGAUAUGAUAUUCUUAUGAAAUCAAAAAUCAUCAUGAUUCCCAUUAUACUUUAUGGUAAUAAUUUUAUUUUUAUUUGAGAAAUUUUUGUUAAACUAUUAUUUGUCAAGAUAGUUAUGUGUAGUUUAUAAAGUGUAGUUAAGUUGUAGUAGACAUAGUGUAUUGGAUGAUAUUUAUUAAUGUUUGCUUAGCAGAAAAUAUGCAAUGAUGGGAAAGUGGUUGAAUACCAGGAAUAGUUAAAAACUGGUGUGCUCAUUUUGCUGUAAUUUCAAAAUUAUUGUUCUCAUAAAAUUCAACUAAUGAUUGCGUCACGGUUAUCUGUGAGUAAUUAUGCAUGAUUUAUUCUUUUAAUUUUGAAAUUGGGAGUGAUGACUUUUAUUUCUAAAUAAUUUUCAAUAGAAUAU